CUGUGGUUAAGAUGGCGGCUGUGGGGGGUGAGGGGGCGAGUCCGUGACGGCCUGUCCGGAGAACGGCGGCGAGGCGUGGGGGACGAGGCAGAGCAGCUCUGGGAAGCGCCGGGUGCGGCUUCUAAAGCGGGGUAGGGGGCGGAAUGUGAGCAGGAGGAGGAGACGGAGGGCUCUGGCGGGGGCCCAGAACGGGAGGAGAGCGGGGAUGGGCCAGCAGGUGGGCCGCGUCGGCGAGCCGGGUGCCGCUGCGCUUCAACAUCAGCCGCCGCCGCCGCCGCAACAACAGCAGCAGCAGCAGCAGCAGCAGCUGCUGCCUCUUUCCCAGCCACAGUCUCAACCCAGAGGGCAUCGUGGGAGUAAUAGCAGCGGGAGUAGGCCUGCCAGCCGGAGGCGAGAAACGGCCGCUCCGCGAGCUGCCGACAGCGGCUUCAAUAUCUUCACCCAGCACGAGGCUCUCCACCGCCCUUUUGGUUGUGACACUGAACCACAGGCACUGAAUGAAGCCAUCAGGUGGAGUUCCAAGGAGAAUCUUCUAGGAGCCACUGAGAGUGACCCCAAUCUUUUUGUUGCACUUUAUGAUUUUGUAGCAAGUGGUGACAACACACUCAGCAUCACCAAAGGUGAGAAGCUACGUGUAUUGGGUUACAAUCAAAAUGGUGAAUGGAGUGAAGUACGCUCCAAAAAUGGACAAGGAUGGGUGCCAAGUAACUACAUCACUCCAGUAAACAGCCUGGAGAAGCAUUCCUGGUAUCAUGGACCAGUAUCACGCAGUGCAGCUGAAUAUCUGUUGAGCAGCCUCAUUAAUGGCAGCUUCCUUGUUCGAGAAAGUGAGAGCAGUCCAGGACAGCUGUCAAUCUCACUCAGGUACGAGGGACGUGUUUACCACUACAGGAUCAAUACCACCACAGAUGGCAAGGUAUAUGUGACAGCUGAAAGUCGCUUUAACACAUUGGCAGAACUAGUUCACCACCACUCAACAGUAGCUGAUGGCCUUGUAACAACUUUGCACUACCCAGCACCCAAGUGCAAUAAGCCCACAGUCUAUGGAGUGUCACCCAUCCAUGACAAAUGGGAGAUGGAAAGAACAGAUAUCACCAUGAAGCACAAACUCGGGGGAGGACAAUAUGGUGAAGUGUAUGUUGGGGUAUGGAAGAAAUAUAACCUUACAGUUGCAGUGAAAACACUCAAGGAAGAUACUAUGGAGGUAGAAGAGUUCUUGAAAGAAGCUUCUGUCAUGAAGGAAAUCAAGCAUCCAAAUCUAGUACAAUUAUUAGGUGUGUGUACCCUAGAACCCCCUUUUUAUAUAGUAACCGAAUAUAUGCCCUAUGGGAACCUGCUGGACUACCUACGAGAGUGCAAUCGGGAAGAAGUGACUGCUGUUGUCUUGCUGUACAUGGCCACCCAAAUAUCUUCUGCCAUGGAGUACCUGGAGAAGAAGAAUUUCAUUCACAGGGAUCUAGCAGCUCGGAAUUGUUUGGUGGGAGAAAAUCAUGUGGUGAAAGUAGCUGAUUUUGGAUUAAGCAGACUGAUGACGGGUGAUACCUAUACAGCUCAUGCUGGAGCAAAGUUUCCUAUCAAAUGGACAGCACCGGAAAGUUUGGCCUACAACACAUUUUCAAUCAAAUCAGAUGUUUGGGCUUUUGGAGUUUUGCUCUGGGAGAUUGCCACUUAUGGAAUGUCCCCCUAUCCCGGCAUUGACCUUUCUCAAGUUUAUGAUCUGUUGGAGAAAGGUUACAGGAUGGAACAACCUGAAGGUUGCCCACCAAAGGUCUAUGAACUUAUGAGAGCAUGCUGGAAAUGGAGUCCCCUAGAUAGACCUUCAUUUGCUGAAACUCACCAAGCUUUUGAAACCAUGUUUCAUGAUUCUAGCAUCUCUGAAGAAGUGGCAGAAGAACUUGGAAGGACCGCAUCCUCUUCUUCAAUAGUUCCAUAUUUGCCUCGGUUACCUAUACUUCCUUCCAAGACUAGAACCUUAAAAAAACAAACAGAAAACAAAGAGAAUAUUGAAGGAGCACAGGAGAUCAUAGAGCACUCUGCAUCCAGUUCUGCUCCAGGUUUUAUCAGAAGCACACAGCAGACCAGCGGAUCCCCAGCACUACCUCGCAAACAGAGAGACAAGUCACCUAGUGGCCUGUUAGAAGAUACUAGAGAAACUACCUUUACCAGAGACAGAAAAGGUGGUUUCUUUAGCUCGUUUAUGAAAAAGAAAAAUGCCCCUACGCCUCCCAAACGCAGCAGUUCCUUCCGUGAAAUGGAAAACCAGGCUCAUAAGAAGUAUGAAUUAACGGGUAAUUUUUCCGGAGUUGGUCCAUUGCAGCAUAUUGAUGGAUUUUCAUUUACUCCGUCCCAGCAAGAUGGAAAUCUUUGCUUAUCCAAGUGUUAUAUUGGGAGCUUUGCACAGCGGAACUUCUAUGGGGAAGAUGGCGGUGGCAGCAGCAGUGGGGGCACAAGCAUUGGUAGUGGUUGGUCAGGCCUCACAGGCUUCUUUACACCUCGCCUGAUUAAAAAGACAUUUGGCUUACGAGCUGGGAGGCCCACUGGAGGUGAUGAAGCUUCAAAACCUUUUCCCCGAUCAAACUCCACAUCUUCCAUGUCUGCAGGUCUUCCUGAGCAGGAGAGAAUGGCAAUGACUCUUCCCCGAAAUUGCCACAGGUCCAAAGUUCAGCUGGAAAGGACAGUAUCCACUUCCUCUGAGCCCGAGGAGAACGCAGACAAGUCCAAUGAUCUUCUCCCUAAAAGGGGUGAAGAUAUUCAAACGCUGACCAGAAGCCGACCAAAAACUAAACUGCUGCCGAGGGGUGCUACAGCUGUUCCUCUCAGGACUCCUUCUGUGGACACAUCUGUUUCAGAGAAGGAUUGUCAAGGGCCAACAGCAGCAGCAAGCCUGAAAAGCAAAGAAAAAAACAGUGGGAUACGACAAGGUUCAGUAGAAGGGGAAGAAAAACCAGGCUGGCCUUCUCCAGCCAAGGCUGCAGCAAUACUUCCAACCACUCAUAAUCACAAAGUGCCCGUUCUUAUCUCACCUACUCUGAAGCAUACACCAGCUGAGGUGCAGCUGAUUGGCACAGACUCUCAGGGGAAUCGGUUCAAGCUCUUAUCUGAGCAUCAGGGCACCGCUUCUAGUGACAGGGAUAGACCCAGACGGAUAAAACCAAAGUGUGCUCCACCUCCGCCGCCGCCGCCGCCACCACAAGCAGUCCUGAGGCUCCUUCAUCAGCCUUCAGGCACCUCAGAUACCGUAGAAGAGUUGGAUAAUGGAGCAUUGGUACAGCACGGGCAAGAUAGUGAGGGCAGCAAAAAGGUAACAGUGGCACCUACUGGUGGAAAAGCUGCAAGGCCAAUCAUGCCUCCACCUCAAGUGCCUUUGCCAUUGUCUUCGUCACCUGCCAAAAUGGCAAAUGGCACAGCGGGAGCUAAAGUUGCUCUGAGAAAGACCAAGCAGACAGCUGAGAGAAUCUCAGCAGACAAGAUCAGCAAAGAGGCGCUUCUGGAAUGUGCAGACCUCUUCUCCAGUGCCAUUGCAGAGCCUACCACAAAUAGCCAGCUGGUAGAUACUGGGCACCAACUAUUAGAUUACUGUUCAGGUUAUGUGGAUUGCAUCCCCCAAACACGCAACAAAUUUGCCUUCCGGGAAGCCGUAAGCAAACUGGAACUUAGCCUGCAGGAACUGCAGGUAUCCUCGAUGGCUGCUAAUCUAUCUGGAGCAAAUCCUGUACUUAAUAACUUAUUGUCUUGUGUACAAGAAAUCAGUGAUGUUGUUCAGAGGUAGCUACUGUCAAACCAUCUGCUUAGGAGAGGAAAAAAAAGUUCACAAAAUUGAGAGAAGAGUCAGAGUGACUUCUUCCAAUCAUUUUUUCCCUAUGUUAAUGUUUUGAAAGAAGAGACUGAUACUUGAGUAAGUUUUAUGUGAAGUACCUCAGAUCAUUGAGCUCACAUGUUUACAGGUUCAUCUCAGUACAUGGGGCAGAUAAGAGGGAAGCAAAGUUUCACAGGGGUUAGAUGAUUGCAGCUGAGACGGGCAAAAUAUUGGGAAUUUGCCUUUGUGAGAAAAUUGCAAAAAUAGAGCUUGUGCUCUUGUUCACUUCUGGGAGGAAGGAGAUUCCAUGAAGGUACCCUUGAUUUGAUAAGGUGCUUUAUUCUCUUUGAUGCUUGUCCAGUUGAUUAGAAUUACUGGAAAAGAGAUGAGGUUCUUUUUCUGCACUACUCUGUGUUUUAACUUUCUGAGGUCAUAUCAGAAAGGCUUAGAGGUGCCAUUGGAAGUCAACUAGAUCUUUCCAAGAAAGAGGAUAAUUUUGAGGGAAAGUCUUUUAUAUUUAAAAAAAAAAAAGAUUGGCACUGUAGGAUGUGCAUGCACUAGCCUGUCUGGUAGACCUUCUGCAGUGCAAUUGGUUGCUGUAUUCGUAGAUGCAAAAAAACAACAACAACAAAAGAGCUGGAAUAUGAAAUGCAUCCCCCUUUAUCAUCCCCAUCUGAUAUUAGUCACUCACACGUUCACUCUUUCACAGCAUGAAUGUUAAAUUGAAUGACAAUUUAAGCAGACUUGCCACUGGAUUUCACACAAUCACACCUUACACUCAUACUGCAGUCUUCACCACGUGGGUAGCAUAGCAUGGUUAGCUAACCAAUGGCAAUCACUUGAGUUCUUUGGGGGGAUAGUAUGCCCAAGAAACUGUUAAUUUAUCUCUGGCAUUGAACUUUGGUACAGUGGUGGCUUUGCUAUCCCUUAAGGAGCCCUUUUGAAUUAAAAACACUGCAGAAUGUUGCUAGUGUUCUCUACAUUCCUAUUUUAUUUACCUUAAUGUCAUUUCUUUUUGAGAGAACUAGAGACCUGAGGCCUUCAUGUUUUCUAGUAGAACUAUAAAUUUGCUCUUGGAAUACCAAUUCAAGUGUAUUGCUGAUAGGGAUUCUUUGUUUAGAUUUUUGCUUUAUUUGUAGUUUCAAGACACUGCCUGCACAUGGAUUCAUUAUAAGUGAUUAGUCUGGAUAAACAUGCCGUCUCCCUUCAAGUAGUCCAGUUGCAAAACUCAUCCUCUAAAGUCCACUUGCUAUGGGACCACUAAUUUGAAAAAUCCACUGAUGUUAAGUAAAUGAUAUUGGGUUUUUUCUGUGAUUACUGUGACUUUAAACUAGCAUUUGCACAAUACCUUUGCUUCUGAAAGGUAGAGAAAUCAGGCUAAAUGCUUCCACAAGGCCUAUUUGUUUUUGUUUAUGCCAGAUCCCCUGAACUCAUUCUGUUUAUUGAAAUUCAGCAACAAACUGUUGAACAAUGGAGCUGUGGUUUCCCAUUUUUUUGUCAAGAAACA